AUGCCCUCAACCGACUCGAAACCACAGUACGCCAAGGACGAAAAGACACUGUGUUUCCAUGGCGAACUCCUGUACGAGGCAAAGAUACUAGAACUCAAGCGAAUAGAUCCCAAGGACAAGACAAGUCCAUACGAGUAUCGGGUGCACUACAAGGCUGGAAGGCCACGUAGAUGGGACGACUGGGUAACCGAAUCCCGCCUCCGCAAAUUCAACGACGACAACAAAGAACUCGCCGCCAACCUCCGCCGCGAAGCACAAGCCCAGAACGCCGCCGCAAAAAAGCAAACUACCACUACCAUCACCUCCAAAGCCCGCCCGACCACUAAAGGAACUAGCGACAAUGCAUCCCAUCGAGACUCCCAAGACCGCGACCAAUCCGCUCCUCCUCGCGGCACCAAACGACAACGACACGACAACGACCUCGAGAAGGAAGAGCACUUUACCAACCGGCCAUCUAUCCGCCUCUCAAUCCCAGACCACCUCAAAGCCCUCCUUGUGGACGACUGGGAAAAUGUUACGAAGUCAUUGCUUCUAGUUCCGCUUCCCUCACAAGCCCCCGCAAACUUCAUAAUCGACACCUACUACGCCGCCGAAUCGCCCAACCGCCGCCUCGGCAGCGCCGACGCCGACAUCCUGCUCGAACUCUGCUGCGGCCUGAAGCUCUACUUCGAGAAAUCCCUCCCCAAGAUCCUCCUGUACCGCUACGAACGCGCUCAACUAGCGGAAGUGCGCAAACUCUGGGAGAACGCGAACGGGAAGUAUCCGGAGUGGGAAGGGAAGGGUCCUGGGGAUUGCUACGGUGCAGAACAUCUAGCGAGGAUGCUGGUAAACAUGCCGGAGAUCAUCGCACAGACGAAUAUGGACGUACAGAGCGUGGGAAGGCUGAAAGAGGAACUGCAGCGGUUCUGUGCGUGGUUGAGUCGCAACAGUGAGAAGUUUUUUGUCGCCCGCUAUGAGAAACCCGGCGGGGAGUACGCUGAGGCCGUGCAGCGCUAA